UUAUUCACGUUAACAAAAAUUAAAUCAAACAUAACUUAGGAAAUUUUUUAAGAUUAUCUUCACAAAAGAAAAAUUAAAACAUAUAUUUUUGAAAAUUUUCUAUACCACCCUAUGUACAGAGUGUGUCACAAAUUAUAAUGAAACAUUUAUUUCCAAGUAAGUAGUUGUUAUUAAAUCAGUAAAUGUCUUUUAGUUUUAAAAGCUUUGAAAUGUUUGAUAUUUUCGGAAACAACAGACUAUUGUUAAGAAAAUUGAAGUUAAAAUCAGUGUUCAACUUGGAGGAAUAUGAAGUGGUUCCUUGUGGUUUACCUUCUAACUCAAUUGGAUACUUCGGUGACUCAAACUUUGUCGGAUUCUAUCUCAUCGGUGUCAUCAGAAAAUAUUUCGAAAUGUUUAAUAAAAAUUUUGAAUCAAAUAAAAAAUGAAUCAGAAAUACCUUCUACUCAGAACAUUGCAAUUCACAUAGAAACGAAAUCAAAGCAAAGUAGGGAUAAUUUUGACCAUGUUCUCAAUAAUUUCAUAUCCAAAAGCAAUGAUUUUUCGGUUGUUUUGAAUGCCAAAGAAAUUGUUUCAAAUAAAAUGCAGUUACAAUUGUAUUUCGUAGAUUCAUAUGAAUCUUUCCAAAUUCUAAUGGAUGACGAAUCUAUUCAACAUCAAUAUUUUUUAAUAACUUUGCUUGCUAAAAAUCAAGAUUCAAUAAUUGAUGAAAUGUUUAAGUAUUCCUUAGAUCGAAUGCUUACAAAUCUCAAUGUCUUAAUUGAUGUUGGAGGCAUCAUUAAAGUCUACACAUAUUUUCCGUUCAAUGAAAAGAAAUGCCGAGAUUCGAGUUUAAAAAUUCAUAAUAUUUUUAAAAACGGAAACUUUCUAUGGCGAAAAUUAAUAUUUCCAUCAAAAUUAAAAAAUCUUUGGCAAUGUCCUUUGAAUAUUGUAUUCUUGGAUUCUUCUGUUGCUACUCAAAAUCUUGUUGCAAUUGAUCGUGAUAUUUCAAAUAUUUUUUCUCGAGUUAUGAACUUUUCAAUUGUAUUACCAAACGAGUUUCUAAUAUCGAAUGAAUCACCAAAAUAUUUCCGCCUUUUGAAAGAAUACAAAGCUGAUUUAUUGACUGGAGGUGCAUUUUGUACAAAAGAAGACCUUGAAUUAUAUUCAUCGACUUUUCCGUAUUUAUCGGUACCUGUGUUUAUAGUAAUAAAAAGGCCUAAAAAUGUCACUUAUCUGAGGACCCUUCUAUACCCCUUUGAUCGGUAUACAUGGCUGAUUAUUAUUGAAUUGCUGAUUGGACAACAAAUUGUUAAACAUUUCUGCAAAAAUAUCGAACUUUUUGGCAAAAAAUUCACAAAACGUCCUUAUAUUAUCGUCUGGCUAUUGGGUUUCAUAGUUAUUCGAAGUGCCUACGAAGGUUUGAUUUUUAAAAGUCUCAAACUCAAACCUGUUCAUAUUUUACCUCAAAAUAUUGAAGAAGCCAUAAAUGAUGGUUAUAAAUUUAUUACCAAUUCAGCGUCUUAUCGCUUUUUGAAGUAUGUUCCAGAAUUAGAAAAUAACACAAUCUACUUGAACACUGACAAAAUGCAAGCUAUUGAAAUAUUUGUCAAAAGUAAUAAAAAGUUGGCAAUAAUUAUGGGCGAUCACUUUGCCUAUGUAUUCAAAAAUAUAACAGCUAAUUACGAUGAAGAAUAUUUUGUGUUUAAAGAGCCAGUAUUUAUUUUAAAUACUUGCAUAUAUUUCCCAAAAACAUCAUCUUUAAAAGAUGAAUUUCAAAAUCGAUUUAUGCAAAUAUUCGUACAUGGACAUCUCGGACAUAUUUCAAGAGGUUAUUCAUUAAAAGAGUUGUCGAAAAAGGUCAAAGUAAAACAUGAGGUUAAAGAAAUAUCGUUAAAGCAUGUAAAAGGAAUACUUUAUUGGUUUGCUGUGCUCUGUGGUUUGAAUAGUUUUGUAUUUGUUUUAGAAUUGCUAUCGUUAAAAAUUUUGAAAAUGAAUUUUUUUUUUAAAUAAAUAUUUUAAAUUUGUAAAAAAUUGUUUUGUGUUUUGAUUUUGUUUGUUUUUUAUCUGCUUUCAUUUUUGUACAAACAAUAACUCGAUUCAUCCAAAAUAAUUCCAUGGCCUCCAUAAAUUCGUAGCUCCUAUUCUAAUGUUACAUUAUUAAGUCGGGAAGCACUUUAAAGAUUGAUUUUUAGCAUAUUAUUUUCAACUCAAAUAGUAAAGAAAAAACAAGCUUUCAUCGAUGUGUUCUUAUAGACUCUUUAGCUUAGAUAGGACCGUGGAAAAAAUCGCCAAGGACUGCGGAUAAAACCACAAAACAGGGCGACUUACCACGAAAAAACGUGGAUUACCGCGAAUGAUAGGAGAAAGCCCUGUUUAAAUACACGAUUGACCGCGGAAAUCUGCGAUUGACAGCGAAGGACCGCUGAAAAAAUACGAAACACUGCAGCUAAUUACCGCGAAAAAAAAGCGGUCCUUCGCGGUUUUUUCAUGAUCAUUCGUGCUGUUCCACGUUUUUUCCGCGGUCAUUCAUGGAAGAAAAUUUAAUCGAUUCUCAUCCAAACUAAGAAAUUUAAACAUAUACUUGAAAUACUAAAACUAUUUUUGUUAAAAGAUAAAAAUUAAAAAAGUUGUUGUAAAUUAUAUCAGCUCGAAAUUGCUCCUCAGAAUUCUGCCGGUCAAUUCAAAUAUUUUAAAACAUAAGUAACAAAUUAUGAAAGUGUUAAUAGUCAAGUACAGAAAAAAUGUUCGUUUUUCUAGGAGUUCAAAAUAAUUCCAUUUCAAAAUUCUUGUUUAGUUAGGGAAAUAUUGAUACACAAAUAUACUAAGAGCACUUAUGACAAGUUAAAGGGGUACUUUUGUUUUUUUUUUUAUU